CGAGAAGCACUAAGCUUGCAUCCAGUAGGGGUCAGUAGAGAAACACACACCUCAAUGUUCCUAGUUCAGGAAGAAGACCACAGCGACCUUUUUUCUCCCGUUAGUGCAUGAUGGCGGCCGCGUUGAGAGGGAGGCUCGUAACAUUGGCCAAGGGUCUGAGUGGUGCCCGGUUGCAGCCGUUGUGCGCCCGCUCUUUGAGUGUGACCUCCAGUCAGAAUGUUUCGGAGAGUCCCCCGGCGCGGGCUGACAGCACCUUCAAGGUCACCAUGGUCCCUGGAGACGGAGUUGGACCUGAGCUGAUGACUGCUGUCAAAGAGGUUUUCAAGGCAGCUGAUGUUCCUGUGGAGUUUGAGGAGUUUCACUUGAGCGAGGUGCAGAACAUGGCCAGUGAGGAGAAACUGGAAGAGGUGUUGUCCUCCAUGAAGAACAACAGAGUCGCCAUCAAGGGAAAGAUUCACACUCCCAUGGAGUACAAAGGUGAACUGGCAUCAUAUGAGAUGAGACUGAGGAGAAAGCUGGACCUGUUUGCCAAUGUGGUUCAUGUGAACAGCCUGCCUGGCUACAGCACCCGCCACAAUAACCUGGAUCUGGUCAUCAUACGGGAGCAGACGGAGGGAGAAUACAGCUCUCUGGAGCAUGAGAGUGUUUCAGGAGUGGUUGAGUGCCUGAAAAUCAUCACCAGGGAUAAAUCUCGCCGUAUCGCUAAAUUUGCAUUCGACUACGCCACCAAGAAAGGCCGCAGCAAAGUGACCGCUGUCCACAAAGCAAACAUUAUGAAACUCGGGGAUGGUCUCUUCCUGCAGAGCUGUGCGGAAGUGGCUGAACUUUAUCCCAGGAUUAAAUAUGAAACCAUCAUCAUUGAUAACUGCUGCAUGCAGCUGGUGCAGAAUCCUUAUCAGUUUGAUGUGUUAGUGAUGCCAAAUCUCUACGGCAACAUCAUUGAUAACCUGGCAGCAGGGCUGGUGGGCGGAGCCGGCGUCGUUCCAGGGGAGAGUUUCAGUGCAGAAUAUGCUGUGUUUGAAACGGGUGCCAGACAUCCCUUCGCUCAGGCUGUCGGCAGGAAUAUCGCAAACCCUACUGCUAUGCUCCUCAGUGCAUCCAACAUGCUGAGACACCUCAAUCUUGAGUAUCACUCAAACAUGGUGUCUGAGGCUGUCAAGAAAGUUAUCAAGCAAGGCAAGGUGAGGACGCGAGACCUAGGGGGUUACAGCACCACUGGUGACUUUGUCCGUGCGGUUGUGGACAACAUGCGCCAUCGGACUGUUUGAAGAUGCUUGCCAUUGUCUGUCCCGGAUCACCCUAUACAUGCCACUUCUGAUCUGAAUAUGUUCAAAGACGAUUUUGAAGCAGCCAUGUCAUAUCCUACAUUUUCUUUCCCGUUUUCCCCAUUUCAUUUUCUCUCCUUUUUUUCUGGAUGGUUACUGAUUUCUGUUUUUUUGUUUGUUUGUUUUUUAAAUGCAUCCAUAUUCAUUUAUUUUAAUUUCUGUUUGUCACAGUAUGAAAAUGUUCCCUGAAUUAUAGUUCUGUUUAAAAGUUUGGGGUUGGUAUUAUUUCAAUGUAAAAUUGUGAAAUUCUAUUACAGUGAAAAAUGUUUCAGAUGAAUGUCACAUGAUCCUUCAGAAAUCAUUGUAAUAUGCUGAUUCGGUGCUUUUGAAACAUUUCAUAUUAUCAAUGUUAAAAACUGUUGUGCUGCUUGAUAUCUUUGUGGAAACUGUGAUACUUUUCCCUCCAUGAUUCUUUGAAGAAUAGAAAGUUCAAAAGAGCAGCAAUUUUUUCAAGUAGUCACCCCAAACUUUUGAAUGCUAGUGUAUUUCUGACAUUGCUUUACUGUGCUUCUUUGUUCACUCCAGUUUUAAGUUUAAAUGUAAGUUUUAGCUUUAUAGAUCAAUUUAGUUUUUUUUAUUCCUGCUUUUAUAGAAUGUCUGUUUGGGCUGGUCCUCGUCGAAUUGCGUUUAUGAUUCCAGGACCUCUGUGAAUUUGAGUAUCAGCAAGUUUGCAAAAGCCAUUGGGUAUAUUGAGACCGAAGUGCCAGCAGUUUCCCCUUCUUAAUGUUACUAAUGUAAACAUCACUAAUCAAAUCUGCUGCUGUCAUGAGUCAGAUGGAAAAUUAUUGAUUUAAUUUCAUGAUGCAGAUGUUCUGGACAGGAAGUCUGCUCCGUGCCACUGCUGACUAAUUGUGGAAAUGAUGUGUCUCUGCCUAUCAGGCAUUUUUAAUUUACCUCAGUCAUUCCGGUACUGAAGUUCAGCACCUGUAGUAUUAGUAUUUUCACUCUUACAUCUGACCUUGUUUGGGAAGGUGGAAACCAUGCAUUUCAAUUACACAGAUUUCUCAAGGUUUAUUCAUGAUUUAAAUGAACUGACCAAUGUUUUGUCAAAUGUGAAUUUUUAUUCUUUUCAAUGCCAAAAAAAUAAAUAUGUGAACCCAAAAGGA